AUGGCGACAUUACUCUCAAGAGCCGAAAAAUCAUACAUCAUCACAUCGCUCACCUCCAAACCGCCCUUACGGCAUGACGGACGGGGACCUGUAGACUACCCAAACGGUAGUGCAAAGAUCCGCGUUGGUGGCACAGAAGUCGUCGCAGCCGUGCGACUCGAAGUCGAGGACAUCGAUUUGGAACUAGACGAAGGCCGUAUGCGAUGCAACGUUACCUGCUCUCCCGCUGCAUAUCCACAUCUUUCAGCGAACCAGCAAGACGACAUUCAAAAAGACUUGACAUCCCUGCUACAAUCUACAUUCUCUCCUACGAAAUCUCAUGAUUCAAACGGAGACUCGUUUACGAGUGUCAUGAGCAAGAGUUUGACGAUUUUGCCUGGUCGAAAGGCAUGGACAAUGUAUCUCGACGCGGUCGUACUAUCAGAUGCAGGAAACGUGCACGAUGUGCUCUUUCUCGCGUGCCGUGCAGCGAUAUGCGACACGCGUGUUCCACGAACGCGAGCGGUCGAGUAUGCCCAACCCUCAAAAGGAUCAUCAACGCGUAGAGCAGGAGAGACUGGUGGAGAAAUGGACGUAGAAGAAGAGGCAGAUAUAUGGAAAACGGCCGUACAGAGCAAACGUGCCGCUCGUGCCGCAGAUUUCGAACUCGAGGACACGGCGGAUGAAGGUGGUUGGCUCGAAGGAAGGGAGCGAUGCCCGGUCGCUGUGACGCUCAAUGUCCUGCCGACGAUGCACAUCCUAGAUGCUACACACGCAGAAGAGCAGGCUGUCCCGCUCAAGCUCGUGCUCAUCUACUCCUUUGCCACUAUAUCCACACAGAAGGAGGGCGAGUUUAUGGGCAUGCGAUUGCUGGGACCCGGACAAGUUCCAAUGGCGUAUCUUUCUGGAUUGAUACAGGAAGGAGAGACGUAUGCGAAGCAACUUGUAAGCGCGCUGAACGUGCAAAUGGAGAUCAAGUAA